GGAAGAGCUGCCGGAAGUAGGCGGCAGAGGUGGUGGCAGGGCUGGCAGCAGCUGCCAGGGAAACCGAGGCGCGGGACGCACGGCUCGCAGACAGGCAGGCCUGGGGGUCGUCUCUGCGCCCGGCACGCAGGAGGCCUGAGCGUCCCCCUUGCCUGGGCUGAGGGUCCCUGCCUGGUCCGGCAGCCUCGUCGGGACCUGGGUCUUUCCCUAAGCCCGCCAGGGGGCGCCGCGCUGAGGGGCUGCAGAGUGGGGGGCGGGCGCGGCUGACCCGAGAAGGGGUGCCGGGCCGGGCGGUGGGAGAGGGCUCUCCCCCGCUCAGGAGGUGCCCCUGGGCGGGGGACCAGGAGUCCUCACCUCCGAACUGAGGCAGGGGUUUCUGGGGGCGAGGAGGGCGCGUCGCCCUCUGCCCCCGCCGGCACCCUGGCCAUGACGGGCAAAUCGGUGAAGGACGUGGAUCGGUACCAGGCGGUCCUAGCCAACCUGCUGCUGGAGGAGGAUAACAAGUUUUGUGCGGACUGCCAGUCUAAAGGACCACGAUGGGCCUCCUGGAACAUUGGUGUGUUCAUCUGCAUUCGAUGUGCUGGAAUCCACAGGAAUCUCGGGGUGCACAUAUCCAGGGUAAAGUCAGUUAACCUCGACCAGUGGACUCAGGAACAGAUCCAGUGCAUGCAAGAGAUGGGGAAUGGAAAGGCAAACCGACUUUAUGAAGCCUACCUGCCUGAGACCUUUCGGCGACCUCAAAUAGACCCAGCUGUCGAGGGAUUUAUUCGAGAUAAAUAUGAGAAGAAGAAAUACAUGGACCGAAGUCUGGACAUCAAUGCCUUUAGGAAAGAAAAAGAUGACAAGUGGAAAAGAGGGAGCGAACCAGCUCCGGAGAAAAAAAUGGAACCUGUUGUUUUUGAGAAAGUUAAAAUGCCACAGAAAAAAGAAGAUCUACAGCUACCUCGGAAAAGUUCCCCGAAAUCCACAGCACCUGUCAUGGAUUUGUUGGGCCUUGAUGCUCCUGUGUCCUGCUCCAUUGCAAAUAGUAAGACCAGUAAUACCCUAGAGAAGGAUUUAGAUCUUUUGGCCUCUGUUCCAUCUCCCUCUUCUUCAGUUUCCAGGAAGGUUGUAGGUUCCAUGCCAACCGCGGGGAGUGCCGGCUCUGUUCCCGAAAACCUAAACCUGUUUCCAGAGCCAGGGAGCAAAUCAGAAGAAACAGGCAAGAAGCAGCUCUCUAAAGACUCCAUCCUUUCACUCUAUGGAUCCCAGACGCCUCAGAUGCCUGCCCAAGCAAUGUUCAUGGCUCCUGCUCAGAUGGCAUAUCCCACAGCCUACCCCAGCUUCCCUGGGGUUACACCUCCUAACAGCCUAAUGGGGAGCAUGAUGCCCCCACCAGUAGGCAUGGUCGCUCAGCCAGGAGCUUCUGGUAUGGUUGCCCCCAUGGCCAUGCCUGCAGGCUAUAUGGGUGGCAUGCAGGCAUCCAUGAUGGGUGUGCCAAACGGAAUGAUGACCACCCAGCAGGCCGGCUACAUGGCAGGCCUGGCAGCUAUGCCCCAGACUGUGUACGGGGUUCAGCCAGCUCAGCAGCUGCAGUGGAACCUUACUCAGAUGACCCAGCAUAUGGCUGGGAUGAACUUCUGUGGCGCCAACGGCAUGCUGAGCUACGGACAGUCCAUGAACGGCGGGAACGGACAGGCAGCAAAUCAGACUCUCAGCCCUCAGAUGUGGAAAUAAAAACAACGCACCUGGAUGGCGACCACCAUCCUCAGCGCCUCUCUCCCCGUGUUUCCUCUUUCCCCAACUGCUCCCCCACCCCCAUCCCCUUUCCUACCUCUCUCUGUUUGGUUUAGAAACUGCUCAAUCCGUCACUUGGGACUUGGCAUUCUGCCCAGCCCAGCCCCAUCCCAAACACACGGACCUCUCUGUUGUUUUCUGUCGUGCCUGUCCCCCAGCUCUCCUGACUCCCUCCCCAGCCUCAGCCCUGGUCCUCUCCUGGCACCAGCACCCUAGUAACUGUUGGCAGAAGGCACUUAGACUGCAGGAUCAAUGUGCACACCUUUGAGCACCUUUCCCACCAGGUGAAACCUCCUAUCAGACUCAGAAAGGUCUGAUAAGCUAUAAACAGAGGCAUGAUGCUCCCCUGAUUUAUGGGAAUGAAGAAAGUAAUGAAAUCAAAUUAAAUAGUCCUUGGGUCUUAGAGCAGUUUGGCCCUAGCCCUGGCGUGAGGCAAACGCCCUCCUACGAGGACGAGCGAAAAUAUGACUCUACUUUGCCCUGAAUUGCUUUCUGGAUCUGAGGCUUCAGGACUUGCUGCUUCGGCCAGCCUUUAUUAGUACCAAAGACUCUAUGAAGGUUCCCCACAAAAACACACACCCGUUUCCCUGCCUCCAUCCUGCCUUCAGUAGGAUCUGACUUUGUGGCUGGAGGACCAGCCCCUCCCGUGGGAAUGCAGAGCUUAACAUGUGUACUGCUUGUGUGUGUGUGU